AUGGCUACGGUUCAGGAAGUAGCGAAGAAGUUAAAUGAAUUUGCACCAGAGCAUCUAGCAGAAAAAUGGGACAACGUCGGCUUGCUUGUUGAGCCUCGGGACAAGACACGGACAAUUACAGACAUUCUGCUCGCCAUCGAUUUAACGGAAGCGGUUGUCGAAGAGGCUAGGCAGAAAGGUGUGCAAAUGAUAAUUUCCUACCAUCCACCUAUUUUUGCUCCUCUUAAGCGACUCACCCAAGCAUCCUGGAAAGAACGCAUAGUCAUCGACUGUAUUCGGAAUGAUAUUGCCAUCUAUUCACCUCAUACAAGCUGGGAUAAUGUGACGAACGGAGUGAACGAUUGGUUGGCGGCAGCACUACCGCUGUCCACCUCUCGCCCGAUCCUGGAGCACGUGUCCAACCCAAUUUAUGGUGCCGGUCGUAUAUGCGACAUUCAGGGUGAUCCGCUAACGGAACAAGCUGCCGUGCAGCUAAUUACAAAACACACUAAGGUGGGCAAUGCUAUGGUUAGUUUCGCACCUGAAACAAAUGGUCGUCGCAAAAUCCGGUCUUUUGCCGUAUGUGCCGGUUCAGGAGCUAGUGUACUUAAGGGCGUUAAGGCAGACAUGUACAUUACCGGAGAAAUGUCCCACCAUGAGGUGUUGGAAGCUACAAGUAAUGGCACCUGUGUCGUCCUUCUGGGCCAUAGCAAUUCGGAGCGAGGAUAUUUGACUGUAUUCAAAAGCAUUUUAGAUGAGCGGCUUAAAACUUAUGGUACUGUUACAACUCAUGUGUCUAUCUGUGACAAGGAUCCGUUGGUGGUUGUGUAG